AUGCCCUUCUACGAGUUGACGCUCAUCACUCGCUCGUUAUCAAAGGCCGAUCUCGUGAAGGCACUCGUACGGGCUGGCAAUACUCUACUCAAUCAAGGAGCUGUCAUUGAAAAGGUCGAAUCACUUGGACAUCGUGAUCUCGCCUACCGCCGGAUAGCCAAACAAACGAAUGAGAAAGUCUACACAUCAAACAUGUUCCUUUUCUGGACACACAUGUCACGAGAAAUGCGCGAAUCGGUGGACAGCAUUUUGAGGCAAGACUUGGACACAGUGCACGUCGGAAUUGUGACGAAUGAGGAAAAAGAACCGAUCGAAUGUAAUCUUGAGGAACUUCUGAAACCGCCCGCAGAACGACAAGCAGUGAAAGAAUUGAGGGAAAAGCAAAAGAUGGGACAUUUCACACGACAAAUCGUCUUUAAGCGAACAGAAAAGGAGUGGAGAUCGAUUCCAAAGAGUUACCCGAUUGCACCGCCAAGAUAC